AUAAUACUCAAUUUUAGUUGAAUUGGAUAGAAUUAAUCUUCACCCCAUCUUCACCCAUGCAGUUAAAGAUGAGCCCAAAAAAACUAAGUCCGAUCGAUUCUUACAAAGUAUUAUUGGUUACAUGUGUGCUAUAAAAAAAGACUUGUCGUUUUAGUCAACAUGAGUGCCUGCAUCAGACCCAUUAAUGAUCAGACCUAAGCCAAUAAAGAAUCAACACCUAGUGUAUAUUAUAUAAGUAGUUUUAGGUCUUUUCGUUACAUGAUCUUUUGUUUUAAUGGUCAAAACCAAACAAGCCGCCAUCAAACCAACGUUACAAAUUAAUGCCAUUGAGUACUCACUGUCCUUGUGUAUUCGUGGGUGUUUAUUUGAAGAAGGGAAGAGGACAAGCGAGCGAGCUGCAAACAUGAGUACGGAGGGCGACAACUCGAAUCAUGUAGUACCGAUUAUUGACAUGCAAGAAUUUGAUCAAGAUGUAGAGCAUUAUCGGAAACUCAGAGAAGCAGCCGAGGAAUGGGGUUGUUUUAGGGUCGUCAACCACAAUAUCCCUGUGGGUCUCAUGACACAAAUGAAGAAGGUGGUGAGUGAACUGUUUGAGCUUCCCACAGAAACCAAAAGGCACAACAUCGAUUUGAUUACGGGCAGCGGCUACUUGGCACCAAAUGUUGCCAAUCCUAAUUAUGAGUCCUUGGGCCUCCAUGACUUGGGUUCCCCUCAAAACUUGGGUGGCUUUUUCUCUCAGCUGGAUGCCUCUCCUCACCAAAGGGAGAUACUAGAGACUUAUGCUCAAGCAAUACACGAGCUGGCCCUUGAUUUGGGGAAAAAUUUGGCCAAAAGCAUGGGGUUGGUCACCGACUUGUUCAAAGAAUGGCCUUGCCAGCUUAGGAUGAACAAAUACCACUUCACUCCUGAAACCGUAGGGUCUUCAGGUGUACUGGUACACUCAGAUUGUGGGUUUCUAACCAUAGUUCAAGAUGAUGAAAAAGUUGGUGGUCUUGAAGCCAUGGACAAUUUGGGUGCAUUUGUACCAAUCCGUCCAUGGCCAGGAACCUUCCUUGUCAAUCUUGGGGACGUUGCUAAGCUAUGGAGUAAUGGAAGGUUUCUUAACGUGAAGCAUCGAGUAGAAUGCAAAGAAUCAAGUAUCCGAUUUUCAAUUGCCUCAUCUAUCUUAGGACCGAAUGAGGGAGUAAUGGAAGCCCCACCUGAACUUGUGGACACUGAACACCCCCGUCUUUAUGCCCCGAUUACUUAUGAAGAUUAUAGGAAACUCAGACACACGACAAAAUUGGCAACUGGUGAAGCCCUCGAGCUGCUGCGCAUCCACUCUUGAUUCAUUGCAUACAUGGCGGCCUUUAUCUCCACCAUCUUUCUAUGUCAAGCUAUGUUAUGACCAUGCUAUGUUGGAAAGACAUGGUUUUAUAAUAAUCUUCUUUUUGGCAUUUUAUUUGAUGAGAUUACAACAUGUUAAUUAUAAUGA